AUGGUCGGUCUACAGCUAUCGUUUCUCAACUCUCCUAAGGUAUGCAAGGGUAGAUUUAGCCGCAAACCCACUACUGCUGUCACUCUUCAGCCGUGUAAGCGUAGGUCAAGGUUGAUUAACCAUGGCUCGGUCUGCAGCGGUCACAUCUCAACUGUUGGAGACUUUGACAAUCUAAGUGAAGCAACAUCUGGACAGCAGGUCAGAUGAAACUGAGGUCGGAUGAAACAACAAAUAUGUAGGGCCAUAACCUACUCAAAUAGGUAUAGCAGGUAUUCAGAAGAUGAAGAUGCGAUCACUGGGAGAAGAAGUUUAUUUGCCUGACUAUUCGGAUUCUCACUCGAAUCCAUCAUCAGAGACAUUCGCAGAUAGAGGUGAAGGUGGCACCAGGAGUGCAGUUUUUAUAACACGUGGCUGCCGUGGGACCGUAUGCGCACUGCAAUUAACAGUUCUCACAAUCGCCGCUGGGGUCGUAAUUGAUGCGGCGGUGGCUUGGCGGUCCGAGUCCGAGUUGUUGAUUGCCGCGAUUUCGUCAUCCGUGCUCGAUGCUGGUGUAACGAUUGCUCGGCAAACUGGCUCACUGUCACCGUGAUGAUUGCUCACCUGCGCCCUUCCCACGUGACUGAUUCUCCGGCCCAGGGAAAAUCGCAAUACGGAAUGGGGCACCGAGAGGUCAUUGUGUUUGUUGAUGGAUUGCGGGCCUGAGAACCAUGACUCGAGCAGCUCGCGGCUCACGCGGUUGUCACCCCUUGCGAGGAUUUCGGCCUCUUGAAAUUUGAAAAUAUGGCCGGGUCCCGUCGAGUGUGCCGCCACCUGAGAGUUAGCGUCUCCCCGCCUCACUGCUGCUGCGUGCUCGGCAAGUCGCGUACGGAGUAAUCUCCCAGUUUCUCCGACAUAAUUGCUUUGUCCGCAACUACACCAGAUCCGGUAAACGACUCCAGACGUUUCCUGCCGUGGCAGCGGGUCUUUUGGCCUCAUUACUUGGCGCCUAAUGGUUGCUUCCGGCCUGUGUGCAACCCCAACUCCAAGUGGAGUGAGAAGACGACUGACGGCUUCCGAGACGUUCUUAACGUACGGAAGAGCCCGCCAAAAUUUGGGGCUAGUUGGAUUUGGCCUCUGGUGUCCUUUUCGUAUGCACUGGUUGACAAAGUUGCGUGGGUAGCCAUUGGCUCUCAUUACCCGUCGAAGAUAUUGUAAUUCAGCAACCUUGUCUUCCAUUUCACUGCAGUGCGUCUCAACACGCCGGUAUAGCGCCCUUACGCAACUGCGUUUGUGACUGAUCGGGUGGUUGCUAUUGAAGUUCAGUAUUUGCGUCGUAUUUGUCGCUUUCCUGAACACUUUGGUUUUUAGGCCACCACAAUCUUUGCGGCAGACGAGGACAUCCAGGAAGGCCAGCUGAUUGUUUUCCUCAUCCUCCAUCGUAAAUUGAAUGUCCGGGAAGACGGCGUUGAGUUGUUCUUUGAAAGUCAGCACCUGAUCCCGUUCGAUGACGACGAAGUUGUCAUCCACAUACCGAGUCCAGAAUUUCGGUCUGUGGUGUCGGAAAACCAGCGACUCCAGCCGUUGAAGGACCGCCUCGGCUAUGAGUCCCGAAAUCGGCGAACCCAUUGGCGUUCCCUUCACCUGCUCGUAGAUUGUUCCGUCGAAUGUAAAGUACGUCUUGAGACAGAACUUCAGGAGCAGGUAUUAUUUCUAGGCAACGGAUAUUUGGGUGCCCUCUCCCGAUUUUUACCCUCAGUUCAUGGAGUGCGUCCUCAAAUCUAA